AUGAACAAGGCCUUAACAGCAGAAGAACAAGAACAACACACUGGCCGAGUCAAACAUGCUAGAAAGAAACUAACGAUUACUAAAAAGACCAACCAUGCUAAAAAGAGACGCAUUCAAAAACAUUUAGAUUCAUUAAAAGAUACACACAGUAGUGAAGAAGAUCUUUCUUCCUCCUCCUCCGAAGAAGAACAAGUGCCCGACCAGACGAUACAUGACGAUAGUGAUGAAGAACAACAAGAAAAGAAAGAUGCUUAUGACGAAACAGAGGGACAUGAGCGUUAUUUCCAAAGUAGAAUGCCAACCAAGACUUCAGACAAUACACUUGCCCGUUUACCUAUACUCGAACCUCAAGAAUUCCAUCAGAUUCUAUCCCAAGUACCUAGGAAACAUUAUCAAGAAAUCGAAAUAUUAGCAGAGAUGCAUAAACAACAUUUUGCUCAAUGGUGUUUUGAACUCUGUUCUGGGUUCAACCUUGUGUUUUAUGGCUACGGAUCCAAACGUAGCUUAUUAAACGAAUUUGCACAGACAGCCUUAACAGAUGGCCCGCUAAUUGUUGUCAAUGGUUUCUUUCCUUCAAUUACUAUCAAAGAUAUUUUGAUCAAAAUCACUUUAGGUGCAUUAGACACAAAGGCACCUACGGGUUCUAUUCAUGACCAUGUCAGUUUUAUUUGCGACUAUUUCUCUCGUCCAGAUAGAGAAUACCAGCAUUUGUAUCUUGUCGUUCAUAAUCUCGAUGGACCCAACUUGCGCAAUGAACGCACUCAGACUGCUUUAUCCAUGCUGGCUCAUGCAGACAAUAUUCAUUUGGUUGCUUCUGUAGAUCAUAUCAAUGCUGGUUUACUAUGGGAUAAUGUCAAAUCAAGUCGGUUUAACUGGAUAUGGCAUGAUGCGACUACUUUUGCAGACUAUUUGGUAGAGACAAGUUUCGAAAAUUCAAUGAUGAUCAGACAAGGUGAAUUGGGUGGUGCUCGAGGGGCAAAAUACGUCUUGGACUCAUUGACUUAUAAUGCCCGGGGUGUGUUUAAAGUAUUGGCAGAACACCAAUUAGAAGCCAUGGACGAUACAACAACAAAGGGCAAUGAACAUGUUGGUUUAACGUAUAGUCAAUACUAUCAAAAAUGCCGUGAAGGAUUCUAUGUCUCAAGCGAUCUUUCAUUCCGUACUGAAUUGACUGAAUUCAGAGACCAUAAACUUAUUUUUACAAAAAAGGGGUUGGAUGGUACAGAGUUCUUUUUUAUACCUCUUGAUAAAAGUGCUUUAAAUAACCUUUUAGAACAAAUAAAUACAUAA